AUGAUGAUGCUGGUCAAUGCCCUGCCCAAACAAGGCCUGAUCUCUGUGAACGAGUACUCCUGCGAUUCGACCAAGACCAUCAUUGAUAGCCGCAUCCUCUUUCUUCACUUCUUGGAAGAUGAUGACUCGAGUGUGGAGUUGCAGUUGCAGUUGCAGUUGCUGCUAGAUGAUGAUAAUCUGGUGGCAAUUCUAGAAGAAACCAUUCUGGAAUCGUACAACAAUCAGAGCUUUGUCUCCUGCGAUCUGCCUCAUUUUCGGACCAUGCAAAGUGUCACUCUGAUCCAAGACACUGACAGCAUGUUUGCCAACACAGAGCAGUACUAUGACUACUACUAUGACAGCCAAGGGAGAUCUACUAUUGUGUUGGCCUUUCAAGUUCAAGCUCAUUGCCGGAACUGUACAGACACCCAACCAUUGUUUGAAGAGUAUGUUGCAACUGCUAACAACAGCUCUACCACCACGGUGGGCCAGGCAACGGCAACCACAAAGGCAACACCAGCAAGCCCUCCAAAACUAACCUUUUCAACAACGAGGCAGGUACCUCUUGCUACUUUGGAUGAUGGGUCCUGUGUCUGCCCUAUCAGUGCUCGACCACAACCUAAUUUGCUGGCACAAGAAGAGUUCCUGCCAGUGCUCAACACAAACAUCAGGCUGAGUACUGGAUUCCCUUUGAUCAAUGCAUUCAGUCUGGCAGAGCUGCAAUCCAUUGACUGUGGCGACUCUGAGGACAUGCAGACAUUCACGUCUUCUUCUUAUGUUUCAGUGGAAAUGAGGAUUGGCGAGAGCCCAUCAGAUUCCGAGCUAAAGAAGCUGCAAACGGUUUUUAUGAAUACCUACAAUGAGCUCGCAUUUCAGUCGUGUGAUCCCAAUGUACGAACUAUCUCAGAAGUCUCUCUCCAGAUACAGUUUGAAAAAGACAGUGAACAGGAGCAGCAUGAUAUGGCUACGGCUGUCUUCUCCAUUGAAGGGCAAUGUCAGAAUAAUUGCCCAGUAACCAAGAGCGGGAGCCUAUCACUCUUUGAGGCCAAUUCUUCUGGGUUCCAGUUGCCUACACGGAGUCUCCACCAGAGGAAGCUGUCUACACGUACCAACAACCAGAAACAGUUUGAGUGGGAUGUAGUGAAACAGCACAGACAUUUGCAGGACUCUUGCCUCUGCCCCGCCAACAGCAACCCCAAAAACGGGGUCUCAGAAGGAGAAUUCCUGCAGAGCUUCCAGCAGGAGAUUGACCGGCUACAGGAAGAAGGAGAAAUUGAGGCCAUUGAACAUGCAGUGGAUCUUCAAGAAGCUCUACUUCCAUUGGUCAUGUCUGACACAUCCCAACCUAUGAACUCCAUUGUAUUCGAAAAGAUUGGCAUUCAUCACUUGCGAUGGACAUUUUCGAACUAUCAUUAA